AUGUUGCCGGAGCAAACACCUUCGCCACAAGCGCCGAACAAGCUUGUGAAGCGAGCUUCGUCUGUCCACAGUGCUGGAGCCUCGCCUGUCCUACUUCCAGGAUCUAAGAUCCCACGGGCAGUCUUCCGCCGACCAGCGACUAGUCAUCAGCGCUCCGCUACGCUCGUGGAAAGCUCCUUGGACAGGCAUCAAACGUUGUCUACACCUAGUCACCAUAAUGGUGGCGUGCAUGGCUCGCCAUGGCGGCAGUAUUUCACCUCGAAGGUAGCUAGGGAUGAAUCAGUUGUGGGAAGGAGGCGUAGCUCGAGUAGCAUUCCAAACCCAGUCAGACGUGUCUACCCAGACAGGAAAUAUACGCCAGUCCUCGUAUCCACGCAUGAGCUACUGGGGCCGUUGGGUAUAAAGACCGAUCAUGGCCGUGGUGCAAGGAUGGCCCCAGGCGAGUCAGUUGCGAGUCUGGCGAUAGCACCUAGCGCUGCUUCAUCGCCGCUGCCAGUACCCACCACGGACUUCGCAGGCUCAGUCGCUCCAAGGCGCUCCUUCUCUAUAGGAGACCUGUUAUCAAGCGGACCACAACCGCUAUGGAAGCGGCCAACUCCAAGCAAGCGCAGGCCACUAGCUAGCAAGACAAAUCGCAAACCCAAAUCGCGCGUUACGUCCGCGCCAUCGACAUCAAUGGGCAGCACUUUCAGCAGUUCCGCGUCGCAGGAGUCGGAGCGGCCUACCAAAAGGAGAGAUCUCACGGAUCCGCAGGCUAUUCAACGCAGCAUAUACACGUCUUCGAGCGACGGUAGAUCGGCAGAGACACAGCACAGGGAGAUAGACCUUCACUUAGGCUCCCCAACUCCGCUUUCUUUGCAACUUCCGUCAACGGGCACAACCCUUGGAACCCAGCGUUCUCACGCCACCACACCCUCGCCAUCUGCGCAACGCAGGCUCCCUUCAGCAGAUCUCUGGUCGUCAGUUGCCCGUCAAGCACAUGCGUCUUCUACUCAGUCGGAGAUUACGUCCACUCCAGGAUCAGACAGCGAGCCGCGGUCCGCUGGAGGUUACAGCACGGAUUACCAGAACGAACAUGCAUUCGAUUCAUAUCCCACAAGAACCACAAGGAGCAGCUCUGGGAAGCGUGGUCCACCUAUCGAUACCAUAUUUGAUGAGUCUCCACCAAACCUCUCAUCCGGCCGCAGUACCAAGCUGCGCGACUUUCUCAAUGAAGGUCGCGCCCAAGGCAGCGAACGAAGUGGAAGAUACCGUCACAGCACUAUCGAGGAGGAAGGUAGCGUUACAAGCACGCCAAUCCAGUCAGGACGUGACAAGAACGUAACAUCGACGCCGUCUGCACGCCCGGGCACGCAACUGAUUUUCACGUCGUCUCCGCCUACCAUGCCGGAUCCUGACGAGAUUGAUUGGGAUGCCCCAGAAGACAGGUCUGUCCAGCAGCCCGGACUCGGCAUCCAGGCGCCCGCGAACGGAUUAACAUCUACAAAGACUCUGCCCUUCCGCUUAGGCGCUCUCUCUAGAGCAGGCAACUUGUCCUCAGUACAUUCUACGCCGAACCGGCACAGCAACGGUGGAGACAAGGCCAACCCGUUUGAUUGGUCUGAGCAGCAACCAAGCCCGAGCAAUCACGAUCAAUCGCCGCCUCGGCCACGAACCGUACACGGCAAGAAGGAUGAUACACGUGGUAGUAGAGCCAACGGCCGACGGCCGCCCAGCGGUAUGCACGCACGCAGUCACAGUGUUCCAGUCGUUCCAGAAGCCGGCGGUAAGAGAAGCGUGGCUGCCAGUAAAUUUGGCACAUGGGGUGUUGGCAGCAAAGCGGUGACAGAAGAUUGGAAUGAGGACUUCGAUUUCGAGGACACGAUACCCUCUCUGCCGGAACAGGAUGCAUACGACGACAGGCGUAUUGACAGCGGGCAUGAGAUGUUCGUACCCAAGUCCAUUAGGGAGCAGCAGCAUAACGUGGUCGCUAAUAUCGAGAUGCUGAGAGAGUGGGGCCUUUUGAUUGAAGAGUUGAAGGAUCUACGGCUUCGCGCUGUAGCGGUGGGUAUGUUGAAUGGACCGCACGCGCAAGCAUGGCAGGAGGUGGAUGCCAUGAUCGAGUUGGCCGAUCAGGAGAGUGAAGAGUUGACCUUGCAACCUCGGCGAUCACCGCCUUCUUCUCCAGGCUUCGACUACGAUGCGUUUGAGGAUACCACCCCAAGUCUCGAGGAAAGUGACAGCGUACGCUCAGCAUCGUUUAUCCUACCUGAGCCACUGCUGGAGCGGGAGGUUCAGGCUACAGCGCUCACAACAGACCCCUCUCCCAACGCAACAGAGCAUCCGUACACCGCCCGGCCACGUAAGGACUCUGAGGCCGUCGCUCGAUUAGUCAUUGAAGCACUACAGACGAAACGCAGCGUGUCAGACUCCAGCACGCUGAAGCCUGUGCUUCCAUCCAAGAAGGUCCCCUUUGAUACGGCAACCCUGCGCCAUAUUGUGCCAUACGUCAAUGGGUUGAAGCGUAAAGUCAAGGACGCACUGCGCGAAACAGAGGGCUUGUACUCAAGCCCACGAAGGCGCUCGCCGCCCGAUGAUUCCGGUGCGGCACCUCGAAAGCCUGAAGUUGACCCACCAUUUCACAGUAUCUUCAAACACCCGCGAUCCGGGAGUCCCACAGGUCCACGGAAAUCGAGACGUGAUGACAUGAUUACAGACAACGACGGUUUCGAAGUGGUGUUCGGAGAGGGGCAGGCGGACCUUGCUGACCGCUUCAGUCGACUUGGCCUUCCGUCAUGA